AUGAUGAAAAUCGCACUUGGACUUGCCACCUUGUUUGCUACUUUGAAUACUGUCGUGGGGCACGGCUAUGUUCAGGAGAUCACCACGGGCUCAUCAUCUUAUACUGGCUACCUCCCCUACUCUGAUCCUUACUACAACCCUCCCCCUCAACGCAUUGUGCGCAAGAUCCCUGGAAACGGGCCUGUCACCGAUGUCGCUUCAAUCGAUGUGCAAUGCAAUGGAUGGUCUGACGGUGGUGCUCCCGGCAGCACACCAGCUCCUAUUUUUGCCACCGUUGCCGCUGGCUCCCAAGUUCACUUGAACUGGACUACAUGGCCUGAUUCCCACAUAGGGCCCAUGAUCACGUACAUGGCUCUUGCGCCAAGCGAUAUAACUAACUGGAGUCCUGGUUCAAGUGCUGUGUGGUUCAAGGUGCACGAAGCGGGAAAGACUGCCGACGGAAAAUGGGCAGCCACAGAUAUCUUGACAGAAAACAACAGCAUCUAUACGUUCACAAUCCCCCCUAAGCUCAAGCCAGGACAGUACAUCAUUCGCCAUGAGAUCAUUGCCCUGCAUUCGGCCUUCGCUUAUCCUGGCGCUCAAUUCUAUCCCUCCUGCAUCCAGGUUCAAGUCACGGGUUCAGGGACCGCUUUCCCUACUUCCUUCGUUUCCUUCCCCGGUGCCUAUACCCCUUCUACCCCAGGCAUUGUAUUCGAUGCUUACCAAACAACUGGUGCCUACCCCAUCCCCGGACCCGCUGUCUGGACUGGUGGAAACUAA